CCCUCAUCUUGGACUAAUCUUCUCCUUAUUCACCAUUUUAUUUUGACCCUUUCUCUUGGAACACUGUCUACUUGUAAUAUAAUACUUCAAAGGACCAAACAGAAAGAUUUUGAACCUCAAUUGAUUAACAUUGUGUUACUUUCUCGAAACUACACGCACAGAACAAUCGCAAGCAGUGCAAAAGUGUUCUUUGAGAGCACCCCUAUUCCUCUUCUUCUAGCCACCGUAUAUCGGUGAUAUUAAUAUAUUAUAUCGUAGAGAGUUCGGGAUUCAAACCUACGAUACCUGCCGAAAUUCAGAAUCCAUUUUCAACUCUGUUCUCUGUAGGUCAGUCGCGUACAAACGUUGUUCACCCCUCAGGGCUUCAUAGUCCUAUCAUCAAAGACAAAUCCAAUUCGACAUAAAGAGCCUGCAUCGAUUUGAAUCCUUUCGCUUGCGGCCGGCUCCUUUCGUAAACAAACAUCAUGGCCACAAUAUCAACGCCGAAUACAUCUUCGAUUGGCAAAAUCCGCUUUAUCCCUCUCUCUUAUAACUCCGCCGAGUCUCAAACAUCAGCCUUACGUCUAAUCCUGACCCUGCGCCCCGAAUGGGAACAAACUGACGGGAAAAUCGAGUUCAUACGAUUUACGGAUGGCAUAACAAACACAUUAUUGAAGGUUAUCAACAAGAGACCUGGGCUCACCACGGAAGAGAUUGAUAACGAGGCAGUUCUGCUGCGGGCAUAUGGCCAAGGAACCGAUUUAAUUAUCGACCGAGAACGUGAGACUCAGAAUCACGAGUUACUAACGCAAUACAAUUUAGCACCAGCAUUACUUGCCCGAUUUAAGAAUGGAAUGCUAUAUCGAUUCAUUAGAGGAGCGGUCACUAGUCCAGCAGACCUCAGACAGCAAAGGAUUUGGCGUGGAGUAGCUAGACGAUUGGCAGAGUGGCAUGCGGUUGUUCCUUGUCUGGCGACGAAUCAUGAGGUCCAACCCACAGAAAUAAAUGGUAGUGAACAAUUUGCUUUUCCAGCUGCAUUGAGCAAGGUGGAGCCUGCUCUCCAAUCUGCUAUUGACAAUACCGCUCCUGGAAAACCAGCCCCUAAUGUCUGGACGGUGAUGCAAAAAUGGAUAUAUGCACUUCCCGUGGGAUCAGAGGCAGAAAAGACUCGACAGGCAACUUUGCAAAAGGAACUGAAUCGCCUGGUUGCUGAGCUCAGCAAUCGACCUGGUCUUGGUGAAAAUAGUCUCGUAUUUGCCCACUGCGACCUUCUAAGUGGUAAUGUUAUCGUGCAACCCCAACCCACUGGCACUACUACCCCCGCUGCAGUAGAAACAGUCAGUUUCAUCGAUUACGAAUAUGCCACUCCUUCUCCAGCAGCUUUUGAUAUUGCCAAUCAUUUCGCGGAGUGGGGAGGGUUUGAUUGCGAACAUCAAUACAUGCCCACGCGCGCAGAAAGACUCGAUUUCAUUCGGGAAUACAUUCGAAACUAUUUUGCUCAAUUGAAGCAAACUUGCGACGAAGAAGCAGAGGCUCAGAAAAUGUUUACCGAAGUAGAUGUAUUCAGGGCGGUUCCAGGGUUCUAUUGGGGAAUUUGGGCAUUGAUCCAAGCCACGAUAUCUCAGAUCGAUUUUGACUAUGCUGCAUACGCAGAAAUCAGACUGGGAGAAUACUGGGCCUGGAGAGGAGAAAAUGAUGGUAGUCGAGCGGCUUCUGGCAAGGAAAUGUCCUUGAGAGAGCGAAGAUGGGCGCAGGACGCAUAACUAUCCCCCAAAAAUUGAUGCACAGCAUGCAUUUAGAAUUUAUUUAGAUCGACUUGCAUAUUUAUGAGGCUUCAACGCCUAGCAGCGUAGCCCGGUAGGAACACUGGAGUCUUCAACGACAAAAUUUUGAGAUACCUAAUGAAGUUAAAAAGUUUCAAAAGUACAUAGCUUGAUUUUCACCAUUAAAGAAAGGUUGAUGAUUUGCAAUAUAGACACUUUAAAGCAAAUACCGUGCUGUCGCUGCACC